AUGUCUACUCCUUCAAAGCGCCCUUCUUCUCGGGCAUCAUCUGAAGCUCCCACACCAUCACGUCGAACAAGGUCUUCGCAACAACUUGUUGUUCCGGAAACUCCCCAGAGAUCAUCAGGAACACCUUUAAAAGAUGGAACUCCUGGGACUCCACGUCGGACGCCGCGAACGCCGAGCCAAGCCCCCGGCACAUCCCCCGCUAGACCUUUACCUUCCAGUCCUCUUGGUACUGAUAUAGAAAUGAGUUCUCCUUUGAACUAUGGUACUCCAAGUUCUCUCAGUACACCGAGGUCAUUGCUUAGAGGUGCAAUGACCCCGGCCAGGCAGCGGGCUGACCUUAGAGGCAAUCAGGCUGGUCCUAAUGUACCAGCACCCACGCCGAGUUCACAGACAGUAACAGGUGAAGUAGAUAAUGCGAGUGAACCGCAAUUAGUAGUUUGGGGAACAGAUGUAGCUAUAGCAGAAUGCAGGGAGAAGUUCAUUAAGUUCAUACAAAGAUUUGUUGAACCCGACGCACUUACUACAGAACCACUGUAUGAGUUGAAAUUGGAAGAGAUUCAUACAUUGGAAGAGCCGUUUUUGGAUGUGGACUGUGAUCAUGUCAAAAUAUUCGAUUCUAAACUACACAGACAGCUUAUAUGUUAUCCUCAGGAGGUGAUUCCAGCAUUUGAUGCAGCGGUAAAUGAACUUUUCUUUGAGAAGUAUCCGGCAGCUGUUUUAGAACAUCAAAUACAAGUGCGGCCGUUUAAUGCGCCGCAGAGGAAUAUGAGAGAUUUAAACCCUGAAGAUAUCGAUCAGCUAGUAACGAUAUCCGGCAUGGUGAUCCGUACAUCCGGUAUUGUUCCGGAGAUGAGGGAGGCCUAUUUCCGGUGCGCGGUGUGUGGGGCUGCGGUCGCUGGGGAGCUCCAGAGGGGCAGAGUACCCGAGCCAGCGCACUGUGGACAUUGUAACACGGCACAUAGCUUCCAGCUCGUACACAAUAGAUCACACUUCAGUGAUAAACAGCUGGUGAAAUUACAGGAGGCGCCAGACGACAUGCCGGCCGGUCGUACACCAGCCACAGUCACCAUCCUAGCUCACGGGUCACUGGUGGAGCGUGCCGGCGCGGGCGAGCGUGUGGCAGUCACCGGUGUAUUCAGAGCCGCGCCCGCAGCAGUCAACGUGCGGCGCGCCACUCUGCGGGCCUUACACCGGACGCACAUAGACGCGCUGCACUAUAGGAAAGUGCAUCACGACCGGCUGCAUGAAAUGGAGGACGGCAAGGAGCAUCAGUUUCCUCCAGAGCGCGUGGAGUUGUUCAAAGCGCUUGCGUCACAGCCAGAUUGUUACGAACGUCUCGCUCGAGCCAUCGCGCCCUCUAUAUACGAAAACCUUGACAUUAAGAAAGGUGUGCUGCUACAACUACUGGGAGGGACCAAGAAGAACUUUAAUGCAGCGGGACGGACGCACUUUAGAUCUGAAAUCAACAUCCUAUUAUGUGGUGACCCCGGUACCAGUAAGUCUCAGUUGCUCCGCUGGGUGCACGACCUGGUGCCUCGCGCUCAGUACACGUCGGGGCGGGGCUCCUCGGCCGUGGGGCUCACCGCUUACGUCACUAAGGACCCCGACACACGGCAACUGGUGUUACAGACCGGUGCGUUAGUGCUGGCUGAUAACGGUAUCUGCUGUAUCGAUGAAUUCGAUAAAAUGAAUGACUCGACACGGAGUGUGCUGCAUGAGGUGAUGGAGCAGCAGACACUAUCCAUAGCCAAGGCGGGCAUCAUCUGCCAGCUGAACGCCCGCACGUGCAUCCUGGCCGCAGCCAACCCCGCCGAGUCGCAGUGGAACAAGAACAAGACCAUCGUGGAGAACGUGCAGCUACCACACACGCUCAUGUCCAGGUUCGACCUCAUCUUCCUAGUGUUAGAUCCUCAGGACGAGGUGUUCGACCGUCGCCUCGCCUCUCAUCUCGUGUCAUUGUAUUUCAAAGAUCCCGCCGUCGUUACUGAGGACGAAGAUUGUGUUAACAUGAGUCUAAUGCGUGACUACAUCGCCUUUGCUAAAGAACACGUCCAACCGGUGUUGAGUGAAGCGGCGCAACAGAGACUCAUUGACUCAUACGUUGACAUGAGACGUGUGGGCAGUGGUCGCGGUCAAAUCUCCGCCUACCCUCGCCAGCUUGAGUCUCUAAUCCGUUUGUCAGAGGCGCACGCUCGUGUGAGGUUGUCUCCUACUGUGGAAGUCAAAGAUGUUGAUGAAGCAGCUCGUUUACAUCGCGAAGCCCUGAAGCAAUCAGCGACUGACCCAGCGUCCGGCCGUAUAGACGUGGCCAUACUGACGACCGGGCUGGGCGCCGCCGCGAGGAGACGCAGGGCGGACCUAGUGUCGGCCUUAAGGGAACUCAUCAAGAACUACCCGCGACCUCACACACUCACACAUGCCAAGAUACUACAGGAGAUAAACACUACCUCGCAGAUUACUGUGUCACGUGACCAGUUAGACGAGGCCCUCCGAGAUUUGCAAGACGAAGGAAAAGUUGUUAUAGUGAGCCACACGCACCUGAGAAUAUGUUGA